UACGCACUUGCGCAUUUGAUGAGGUGUAGCGCGGUAGUCAUCCCAGGUUUUCCGCGCUGAGUCAAAUCCUGACUCCUUCUCGGAGAUUUCCACGAAUCCUGUCUACCUACCGAGUUGAUUGUUUUACGUGCCUUUGCGUUAAGCAUAUAGUCACUUUUGCCGUCGUCUGCAGACUUGGAUCGCGGGAGUCCAGACUGUUGUCGAGUGUGCGUAACUUGGCACCGCCGGGAAGGACCUCCUCCAUCUUCACUGCUGCAGCGCCGUGACGACUUUUUAUCGACCAAUAUGACAAUCUUAACUGGAUUUGUGAGUUGAUAGCGAGCUUAAAGACUCUAACUGCAUCAGUUUCUUUCUUUUUUCUUCUGAGGUGUUCCCCUGACUUCAAGUUCACAUCUUUCCGGAUAUUUACUCAUCCUACAGCACAAUGGCAUCUAACAUAAUUGUGGAACAGCAGUUCUCUCACAAAUACACCGUGACCGUGGUGAAAGCCGAGAAUGUCACCAAAGGAGCGCUGGGUGACCUGCUGGAUACUCCAGAUCCAUACGUGGAGCUGUUCAUCCCGACGGCUCCGGAGAGCAGGAAGAAAACCAAGCACAUCGACAACAACAUCAACCCAAAAUGGGACGAGACCUUUCAUUUCAUAUUAGACCCCAAUCAGCAGAAUGUCCUGGAGUUAACAUUAAUGGAUGCCAAUUACGUGAUGGAUGAGACACUCGGGACGGCGUCCUUCGACAUCACCAAGCUCAAAGUGGGCCAGACAAAGAUGGAAACCUUCCUCAUUGGCAAAGCAACCAAAAUAUACUUAGAGAUGUCGCUGGAGAUCUGCACAAACCUGGACCUGAGGUUCAGCCUCGCUCUGUGUGGCAAAGAGAAGCAGUUCAGACAAACUCGCAGCGAGAGAGUGAUGCUGGGCAUUAAGAAGCUGCUAGACAUGGAGAAGCCUCGCUUCCUCCCCAGCUCUCCAGAGGAGGUGCCAGUGAUAGCCAUAGCAGGGUCAGGUGGGGGGUUUCGUGCCAUGGUCGGCUUCUCCGGCGUCAUGAAGGCCCUUUAUGAGUCCGGGGUCUUGGACUGUGCCACAUAUGUAGCUGGUCUCUCGGGAUCCACAUGGUACAUGUCCACUCUCUACUCGCACCCCGACUUUCCAAACAAGGGGCCGGAUGUCAUCAACAACGAGUUGAUGAAGAGAGUUAGUAGCAACCCACUGAGGCUGCUGUUGCCCCAGCACAUCACCAACUACAUCCAGGCCCUGUGGACCAAGAAGGCCGCCGGGCAGCCGGUUACCUUCACCGACAUCUUCGGCAUGCUCAUAGGAGAGACGCUUCUACCGGCGAGGAUGCAUAUUAAGCUAAGUGACAUACAGGAUAAAAUAAACCAGGCCCAGAGUCCUCUUCCUCUCUUCACCUGUCUGCAUGUCAAGCCAGAUGUUUCUGAGCUCAUGUUUGCAGACUGGGUGGAGUUCAGCCCAUACGAGAUCGGGAUGGCCAAGUACGGCACCUUCAUGACGCCCGACUUGUUCGGAAGCAAGUUCUUCAUGGGCACCGCCGUGAAGAAGUACGAAGAGAACCCUCUCCAUUUUCUGAUGGGUGUGUGGGGAAGUGCCUUCUCGAUUCUGUUCAACAGAGUGCUGGGAGUCAAGGACACAGCUGGCGGAAGCACCAUGGAGGAGGAGUUAGAGAACAUCAAACCCCAGCACAUCGUCGGAGAAGACAGCCUUGACAACGACGAUGAGCCACGCAAAGCUGGAACGGAAAACCAGGAGGCAGAGGAAGACUAUAACCGCACCGCUCAGGCCAGCUGGGUUCAACGGAUGUUCACCUCACUCUUCAGUGAAUCUUCCUUGUUCAACACGAGAGAGGGCCGGGCUGGGAAGGUGCAUAACUUCAUGCUGGGCCUGAACCUGAACACCAGCAUGCCCUUCUCCCCGCUCACUGACUUACCAUACCAUGCUCCCCCACCAGAAGAGGAGGUGGAUGCUGUAACAGAUCCGGAUGAGUUUGAUCGCAUCUACGAGCCUCUGGACGUGAAGAGCAAGAAGAUCCAUGUAGUGGACAGCGGCCUGACCUACAAUCUCCCCUACCCCCUCAUCCUGCGGCCGCAGCGCGGCGUCGACCUCAUCAUCUCCUUUGACUUUUCUGCUCGACCGAGCGACUCCAGUCCGCCGUUCAAGGAGCUUCUGUUGGCAGAAAAAUGGGCCAGGAUGAACAAGCUCCCGUUCCCCAAGAUCGACCCCAAGGUGUUUGACCGCGAGGGCCUGAAGGAGUGCUACGUCUUCAAACCGAGGAAGGGAGAAAAGAACUGCCCCACCGUCAUCCACUUUGUCCUGGUCAACAUCAACUUCCGGCAGUUCAAAGCCCCCGGCGUUCCCAGAGAGACGGAGAAGGACAAGGAUGUGGCAGAUUUUGACAUCUUUGACGACCCCGAGACGCCUUUCUCCACUUUCAACUUCCAGUACUCCAACGAGGCGUUCACCCGACUUCACGACCUCAUGGAGUUCAACACCCUCAACAAUCUCGAGGUUAUCAAAGAGGCCAUCAAGGACUGCAUUGUGUCGCGAAAGGAGAACCCCUCAGGCCGCUCCCGGCCCCUCUCCCUCGCCAUCCCCAAAAAGAAGUUCCUCAAAAGAGAUUGCAGCUCAGAAUCCUUCACUCACCUCGGAAAUGAUCACCAAUAGCUCGGAGCUGAGACUGGAUAAGAAGACUAACCCCAAACUUUUCUGUGAUUGUUGUCGAUCGAGCCUUAAACUUCUCAUCUUCGGAAAGUGGUCUCAUCUUGAUAUCUGAUAUUAAAUUAUGUUUUCUUUUUCUUUUUUCUUCAAUUAAAUUCUGGAUUAUAAGUGUUUUAUGUAGGGAUUUUGUAAAGGAAUUGUAUUAAGAAGCUUUUUUUCAUCUGGUUUUAAGUGGAUGAAUGUGAGUACUGGAAAAAACGCCAACUCUGAACUGACCUUGGACAGGUCUAAGCUGGUUGUGAGAAAUCAACCCUGGCUCAUUAUCUCUAUUUCCAUGUUAUUUCCUCAUUUAUUUCCAUUUAAUUUCAUCAUUCCCCUUCACCAUGCCCUGAGGUAUCAUGCAGCUUGUCAUCUGCGGUCCCAAAAAACCAUAUCCCGUAUCUCUCUUGAAUUUUUUCACGCUCCCUGGAACAAAGCUGCAUUUGCACCUUUUCAGCAAAUUUGUGUGCAGCCACGUCGUUUUGCAAAUUUAUCUUUCGAGUGCUACGAAUCCCCCCCCUCUGAAAUGCCUCGCCUCUGCUUUAUCUCUUCGUGAGCCGGCCUGUUGCCUAAACUUAAUAAGAAACCACAGUCCAUGCAAAUCACUUUUCCUUUCGUUCUUUUUUUUUUUUUUUCUACCUGGAAGAGCUUGUCUAAACACGAAAUCCUGUUUGGAAACAGCGAUAAGGAGCUCAUAACAUUUAGUCAUGUUUGAUGGUAACUCCUAAACAUGGCAAGUGCACCCCCUCUGGAUACCUCAAACAUCUGAAUGAUGUUUACCCACCUACGGAGAGGGAGCGCUCCCCGCUCCUCCUGAAGGGAGUGUCUCAUUAAAUCCACCAUUUUGGAAAAACAAAACUCGAUGCCAUGGAAACGGCCCCAGCUUCUUCUCCGUUUCCCUUUUAUAAGCUUUCUCAGCGCGAAGGACAAAGGUGUGUUUAUUAUUAUGGCAGGGCCGUUCCUUGAGCCGUUUCCUCCUCCAGCCAACCGAUCUGUCAGAGUCUGACCCCUAAGAUAAUGCAGGGGGAGGCAGAGGCUGGGUGGAGCGGGUUAUAUGGUUACAAGAGCCGGUCACAGCGGCGUUUAGUGGCUCUCGAUGGUACCCAGUGGAAUUUUACACACUACACCUACACCUGCAGCGAUACAGUCCUGGAAUCUGAGACACACUACACCUACACAUGUAGGGGCCCAAAGGCUGCACACACGGAGUCAUGGAAUUUCGCUCCGAAACACUUCCGAGAACUCCCAUCUCAUGUUUCAUCCGUGCUCGUUUGGGAACUAACCGAGAACUAACAAAGAUCAGAAGUUUUGUCUGAUCUGCCUUUUAUGGAAAGUUUUCAGCUCGGUUUCUGCUGUUUGUCUUUUCAUGCUGUCUGUAGUUCUCUUUUACGCAUUCUUCAGAAACGUGGGACGUUUUUGGGUAAAGCAUUAGCUCAUUUGAUUAUGUAGACCUGUGUGAGAAGGUCAAGAGCGUUUUUCAUGACUGUACAUUAACUUUACAAGAGCGGACAGUGCAGAAGUGGUGGUUUUACUUUAGAAAAAUGAAAAAUGACGAUAUUAGUUACUGAACCCCACAGCUGUUGCUGAGUGAAUUUUGUUUUGGGACAAAGCCAAGCUAAAGGUCUCCCAUUGUAGCUUUUUUUUAACCUCCAAGGCAACAUUUUAAUCAUAAAACCUUUUCAACUGAUGCUUGGAUUCUUGUUUGGAGACGUCUGCUUAUUUAUCAAGCUGUUACAGAGCAUCUUGCACAAAGCACAAAACACCAUUUAGGCAUUUUAAUGAGCAAAGGUUGAUAUUUUAUCGAUAUACUGUAUUUAUUCUUGUAUUGCUCUUUUUAUCUUGACUCCUAAAGGAAACAGGCAAUUUUUUCUGACUAAUUCCCUCGUCUAAAGGAACAUUUUUGUUUCUAUAUAAAACAAACAACAAAAAUGCUGCUAAAAGCUUCAAGUGUUCAUUAAAUUUACGCUUUGGUCACUUACUUGAUCUGCUAACGGUGGCGGUCUGCGAAGUGGGAUUUUAGAGUUUUAUUGUUUUGUUGAAAUUUAGAUGUCUGGAAGGAGAGCUGGUGAAGAAACGAGUAGAACUGCGUAUCUCUUCACAUUGUCGUUAUUUUCACACUGUUAGGCAUUAGUCACUGCUGGCUGCUGCGGCGGAGAUAUGCAGCACAUGUAUCUCAGUAUACUACAGACUUUGUUUUUAUUUUAAGACUAAUAAAGGUGUAAAUUUCAACAUAGUCUAUAGGGUUCUACCUGCAAUAUAAAAACAAGUAUUGCUCAUUUUUUGAGAACGUUUUAGCAACUUAAUCAGCUUACUUUCUGGCUUUUUUCUUUUUUCCUAAGGUUACUGCUGCAUUUACAGAGUGAGCUGUAGUUGUUAUUAUUUUUUUCUUUAAAUACAUAUUUCAUUUUUUGUAUUUUGACAAUGUUUACAAGUUACAAGAUUAAAGGUCUGUUCUUGGGAUUUUGAGAUGUACACGUCUAUUAACUCCUCCUGUGACAAUUAACUGUAUCAUAACUGGCAAAACAUUAUGUACAUCUAUUGUUUGUUUUUAGGUAAAUAAAGAAAUAAUAUUUUA